GCCACAGUAACUCGGUCACGGCGGUCACGUUCUCGCACGACUCGAGUCGUCUGGCAUCGGCAUCCCGCGAUGAGACGGUCCGGAUCUGGGACGCCCAUAGUAGCGCCUGCCUGUUAACGCUCGACGUUGGUUGGCAAUGUGGUGAAAUAUCCUUCGUCUUUAAUGACUCUUAUCUCAAGACUGACACUGGUAUCAUUGACAUCAGCGCUCUAUCAGGUCCAAUAACAGCCUCUUUCGAUUCCAGACCGUCGUCGCAGCGCUAUCGCGGUUUAGGUAUCAACGCAGAUCGUCAAUGA